CUGUAAACCUAACAAUCUUCUCUGCUUACUAAGCCGUUGGUGUUUCUCAGUGUUCACGUUGUCGCUAAAAGAUAUUUCUUUCUUCUUCUGAUUGGAGCUGUGUUUAGGAGACUGCCUCAGUUCUUUGCAAGUAGAGCUUUUGAGGGGUUGACUCUGGCUUUAGUUGCCGCAAGAUUGAAUCUUUGAGGUUCGGCGAAGGGAAAUUAUCCAAAUGAAUACUAUGCUGUAUUAUUUUGAGUAAUGACUCGGUUUGAUUCCUGACAAUUUUAGGAUUAAAGAAUGGCGCAAGAUAUUGGUACUCCACCAGUUCCUUUUGAUUUUGAACUCUUGGUUGGUGAUCCUGAGAACCUUAGAACUGUCAAAGCCUCAUCCAGCAGCACGGACCCAUGGAUUGAACCUGAAAGGUUAAAACUUAGACACAGGAUUGGUCGGGGACCCUUUGGCGAUGUUUGGUUAGCAACUCAUCAUCAGUCAACUGAAGAUUAUGAUGAGUAUCAUGAAGUUGCUGCAAAGAUGCUACCCCCUAUCAGAGAGGAACAUAUGAAGACUGCAUUAGAGAAAUUUUUUGAGUUAUAUUUUCAGUGCCAAGGAGCGGCUAGGGUGUUUUGGCUACUUGGGAUUUCAAUUUUAAAUGGAAGGAUAUGCAUCAUUAUGAAUUUUUAUGAGGGAUCGGUUGGUGAUAAGAUGGCUAGACUCAGAGAGGGAAGGAUUUCAUUGCCUGAUGUUCUUAGGUAUGGUAUCGAUCUGGCUCAAGGUAUUCUUGAACUUCACUCAAAAGGGAUCCUAGUUCUCAACCUUAAACCAUCCAACGUGCUUCUCAAAGAUACUGAUCAAGCAAUACUGGGAGAUGUUGGUAUUCCAAAUAUUCUCUUUGGUUCCUCAUUCCUAAGCUCAGAUACUGCCAAUAGGCUUGGUACUCCAAAUUACAUGGCUCCAGAACAAUGGCAACCAGAAGUCAGAGGCCCUGUAUCCUUUGAAACAGAUUCAUGGGGGUUUGGGUGUACUAUUGUGGAAAUGUUGGUUGGUAACCAACCUUGGUAUGGGUGUCCUGUUGGUGAAGUAUAUCGAUCAGUUGUUGAAAAGUAUGAAAAACCCCAGAUUCCUGGUGGCCUUCCUUCUUCAGUUGAAAAUGUCCUCAGUGGCUGCUUUGAAUAUGACUUGAGGAAUCGCCCUUCAAUGGUAGAUAUUCUGUCUGUCUUUAGAAGCGCACGGAAUGCAAUGGUCAACGAUGGAGGAUGGAGAUAUCUUGGAAUUCACAAAACAUUAGAAAAAUCAAGUAGCACGGGCUACACACAGUGGUCCCUCUCAAAGGAUCAUCUUCAGGUGGGCGAUACCGUGCGCUCUAGAAAGCCUUCCAAUUCAUGCAAUCCACAGAACAUGGAGGUCCCAGAAGGAAAUGUUGUCGGCAAUGCAGAUCAUGGAUUUGUUUUAGUGAGGCUCCAUGGAGUUCAUGACCCUGUAAGGAUUCAUGCGUCAACUCUUGAACGUGUCACCAAUGGUUUAGGAGCCGGGGAUUGGGUGCGCAUUAAGGAAGAAGAUGAUAAACACUCGCCAGUGGGUAUUCUUCAUUCUAUCAAUCGUGAGGGCAGAGUGACUGUUGGAUUUAUAGGCCUACGAACUCUUUGGAAAGGAAACUGUUCAGAACUUGAAAUGGCAGAGUCUUACUGUGUGGGGCAAUUUAUCAGGCUGAAACCCAAUGUUCUAAGUCCCCGGUUUGAAUGGUUGCGUAGAAGGGGAGGUACCUGGGCUACUGCUAAGAUUUCUUGGAUCCUACCAAAUGGAUGUCUGGUUGUCAAGUUCCCAGGCAUGUUGAACAUCUGGAAUGCACCAAACACUUAUUUGGCUGAUCCCUCUGAGGUUGAUGUGGUUAGUUUUAAGAAUUGUCCAAAUAUGAUAGAAAAGUAUCAACAUGUUGAGGAUCACCACUGGGCAAUUAGACCUGUUCUAAUUGCAUUUGGCCUUCUUAGCACUGUUAAACUAGGGAUGUCAAUUGGAAAAAAAAUUGGCAGGAACAUGAAUGUGAAUGCAAUGGAGAAUGAAAAUCAUUAUACUGAUAGCCAGAAUGCUAGCAGCCCUACAUCUACAUGGAAAUCUUCAGUAGCUAACAUCCUUUUCAGAGAAGGUAGUUAACAUGUCCACUGGGCGGUAGUUUUACCCCUUCAAUCUCAAUAUUAUUUCAUCAGCUGUUCUGCCAUGUUGCUGUUUGACAAACAUGUCACAUGAGAAUUGUAAUUAUGUAUAGAUGCCAACACUGAAUGUAAAAAUUGUACAAAUGCCUUACAAACAAAAAUAGCCAGCUAUGUUCAUACUUAGUUUCCACAAUGCUGACCAUAAUGAACACUGGAAAAUUCAUGAUAUACUUGUCCCUGAAGCAUUGUUUGA